AGUCAACAAAACUAGAACAAAACUAUCCCCAAUAUUCGAGAAAUAUACCGUACCCAGCUCUUCCUCCACCUAGGUCUAGGAAACCGCAGGUAUUUCCAGCCACUAAUUUCUUUUGUCUUGCCUGUAUCUUUGCUCUAGUUAUUCCGUCCGCCGUUGCUCAGACUUUUCAGAUCUGUGGUAUCACCCAGUAUGCUCAUGUGCUGCCGUUCCCCGAGCCUGUUGCAUGUCAUGUCGCUCCAUCCGAGGCAAUGGUUCGUACCAAGGUCCAGCUCUACAAUAUCAAAAAUGAUCCGCUUCAGCUGGCCGCAGUUAAGUGUUAUAUGGAUAUCAUUGAAGUUUCCGUCUAUAAUAUUUUGUACAUCCGAACAACGUAUUCCAUAAUCGAUCGCCUUCGCUUGCCCAUCUCUGCGGAAGAUUGCCGUACAGCCAAGACGAUUUAUAUCAUUCGGGGACACUAUCUUCACCAAGUGACUAUCUAUAUGACGUCGGAGAUUGAAGACAUGAACACUUCUUUGCCCUUGUGGGGUACUACCAUUCAGAUGAGAAGUCUCUAUUCCAUGGAGAUAGGGGAAGUCGCAGUUUUGAUGGUCGUUCUCUAG